UUGCGCAAUUUUUUUAAAUUAUGGCGAAAAGAUUUACAAAACCUACAAUUAAUUGGAAGGAAUUAGAUAAACUAGUGCCUCCUAAUCAACGAACGAAUUUCUUGGCAUUUAAGGCAAAAUCUGAUAAUUAUCUUCGACGAGUUCAAGCAAACCCACCUGAACUACCAAAAAUAGAUUGGAAGAAAUAUGAAGCAUUGGUGCCGGUUGCUGGGCUAGUAGAAAAGUUUAAGAAAGAAUACGAAGGCUUUAAAGUCCCGUAUCCUGAAGAUAAAUUAUUAUCAGCUACUAUUGAUGAACAGUGGAAGGCAUUACAACCGGAGAUCAAAGCAUAUUGUGAUAGUGCACAAAAAGAUAUAGAAGUAGCAACUAAAAAAUUGGAAAAGAUAAAGAGUCUACCUAAAUUCGAAGAUAUGACCAUGGAAAUGUUUUACGAUUUAUAUCCGAACGAAGCAUUAGAUCCUGUUAAUCGUCCGACGUUUUGGCCACACGAUGAAGAAAGUCAACUGGGAUACGAAGAGAAAAAAGCCAAGAUAGAUGCGAAAGAAGCGCAGACGAAAAAGUGAUGUUAACAAAAUUGAA